AUGAAAUUCGACAGCAUACUUUCAGAAAUUAAUGGAUUUGGAAAAUUCCAAAUCAAGCUUGUCUUGAUUCAGAUGUUAUCUCGAAUUACUCUGCCAUGUCACUUCUUGCUGAAUAACUUCAUGGCAGCUGUUCCCCCUCACCACUGUAACAUCAGCGCUCUGGAUGAUGGAGGCUUCUUCCGGAAUUUGACUCAGGAACAGAAACUGGCUGUUGGUGUUCCGGCAGAGCAGGAUGGGACUCCGAGCUCCUGUCAAAUGUUUUCAAAGCCCCAAUAUCAACAUCUGUCAGGCUCGAAUAAUAGUGAGGAUGCAUUUACUGUUCAGUGUCAGAAUGGAUGGGUGUAUGACAACAGCACAUUCAAAUCUACUUUGGCAACUGAGUGGGAUCUUGUGUGCAGCAGAAAAGGAAUGAACAAGGCAACAGCCACCAUUUUUUUCAUUGGUGUUAUGUUUGGAGCCCCUUUAUUUGGGUUUCUCAGUGACAGGUUUGGCCGACGGCCGCUGCUGUUGGUGUCUUAUUUGUCGUCCCUGACGUUUGCAGUCCUGAGUGCAUUCUCUACAUCAUAUGUUAUGUUUGUCAUCUUGAGGUUUUUUACGGGGAUGUCACUCGCCGGAAUUAGUAUCAUCUCUAUUGUUCUAAAUGUUGAAUGGUUUGGUAUUGAACACAGGACCUUCUCAGGUAUAAUCAUAAGCCUGGAUUGGACACUUGGCAACUGGAUUCUGGUUGGAAUUGCAUACAGUGUUAAUCAGUGGAGGCUGCUCAUUGUGGCAGUGACCUUACCCUUGAUACUGUCCAUCGUGACUUGGAGGUGGCUUCCAGAGUCUGCAAGGUGGCUCCUGGCAAAUGGGAAGGCAGACUCUGCGCAUCAUUACAUAAUGCAAUGUGCCAAAAUGAACAACAGAACCAAGUGUAUGGCCACCGUCACACCAACGGAAUUACUGGUGUCUGCACAGAGUGAAACUAAAGACAAGAAGUACACUUUUGUGAAUCUUUUCAAGACCCCAAAUAUUAGGAAACGUUCUAUAUGCUUGGGAAUAGUAUGGUAUGGAGUUGCGUUUACAUAUUAUGGGAUAAGUCUAAAUAUCACUGGGUUUGGACUAAACCCAUACCUCACACAAUUCAUAUUUGCAUCCAUCGAAAUGCCAAUGAAGAUUGGUGUGUAUUUCUUCCUGGAAAAAGUUGGCAGAAGGUCUAGCCAGACAGGAGCCCUGCUGUUAACUGGUCUCUGUCUCUUCACCAACAUGUUUGUUGCAAAAGAUAAGUGGGUAAUUCGCACUGUUGUGGCUGUCCUUGGAAAAUCCAUGUCAGAAGCCGCAUUCACAAUCAUGUUCCUCUUCACAACUGAACAAUAUCCUACAGUUGUACGACAGAAUGGUUUAGGCUACACCUCUUUUUGUGGCCGGCUUGGCGUGUCCAUAUCUCCACUCAUCAUGCUAUUGGAGGAUGUGUGGUAUCUCCUCCCUACAGUCACUUAUUGUGCGGUGGCAAUCGGAUCCGGUUUAGUGGCUUUGCUCCUUCCUGAAACAUUAAAAACCCGCCUGCCACAGUACAUUGAGGAUAUUGAGAAACCAAGGUAA